CUUGGAGCUAAUAAAUUCAGUUUCAAUAGCCAGCUGCCACUAUGAAAUGGCAAUUUUUAGUUGUUCUGGCUUAUAUGCUAGUCGGCUUUGGAUGGGGACAAAACUGCAAAAAGCCUUGCGGAAAAUGCAUCUUGCCCACCUGCAACUUUGAUGGAAAAUGUUUCUUUGAGGGAACUAGUGCUUGUGCUCUGGAAAACGAAAAUUGCCGACGAAAGAAGAAAAAUCUUGCCAAGUUCGUAAAAACCGUGUCUGGGUUCUGUGAGUCGGGCGUUAAAAUGUGUAAAAACUAAACAAAGAUUUUGCUAUUGGAGUAAUAAUUAAAUAUUUUUCUUUUAAGAAAUUAAUAGCUAAACAAUUUAGUUUUGUCUAA